UUUGCUUACGAUUGGGAUGUUGUUUGGUUAAUUUUAAGGAACUUACAUAAAUACCUUAGUCUUCAAAUAUAAUUACUUAAUAGUGUCGGUCGAAAUAACGAGACCAAAGUUACGUUUAAGUAUUAAUUGUAUUCUUACAUCUUGCAUAUCUACCAGUACUAGUAGUGGCAAUGGAUUCGGAAAUACUGUAUGUGAAUGACCAUCCAUGCCCACACCGGAUUGUCCGUAUACCUGGUGAUGGUUCGUGUCUAUUUCAUUCUUUGUCAUUCUCUAUGUAUGGGAAUACUGAGUCGUCGUAUGAGAUUAGACUUGCUAUAGUGGAGUAUGUGGUAGCGCAUUGGGACGAGUUCAAAGUGUAUACGUGUGACGAGCACGGAGACCCCUACAUUGACGCCGACCUGUACUCGACGGCAAUGGUAAAAACAACUACCUAUGGCUCCGUGUCUGAACUUAUGGCUGCCGCAGCUUUGUAUCCGUACGCUUUCGAGGUUUACGAAAACGGCCUUUUGAGAGGAUCAUUCGGUGGUGAUUAUGGAAUCAUCAAUUUGUGAAUACAACAGAUUAAGAAGUAUUUACCGUCCAGACUUGUCAAAAAUUGAGACAUCAAAGCCUCCGAGAAAAGCCCAUAGAGACAGGGAGUGGGCUUUGAGAAAAACUGUGGCUGAAGCUCAAGAAGUAGUACCGGAAAAGAAAAAGAGGAAGACUACAUAUAAAAAUAAGAAAAUAUCAUAAGACCUUUAACAAAAUUCGUUAGAAGUAGAUGGUAUCAAAAAGAAAGGC